UCUCUCUCCAUUCUUCUGACCAUUUGUUCAGUCUGGGUUCCCGGCUGCACAUGCUACUGCUCUAGAGGACCUAUCUGCGUUGUCGUCGGUCCGUUUCACUAGCUCAGACUCUCCUCCCUGUCGCGCCCAGCAAGUCUCGUCAACGGGCUGUACAACCCUCUCGGCCUUGCAUCUGGCCAUGCCGUCCUCUCCGCGACGAAUCCCGUACCCGGGCUCUAUCCGCAUCAAUGUCGAAGGCGCUUUCAUAGUCGACGACGAGCCUGCCUCUUCGAUUUCCCCGAACGCUAUCCCGUUACCGGGCUCAGCUGCUGUCAUUAGCGGUGCGGGCCGCAAAACUCAUAACAGAGAUAUCGUUCUCCCUCACCACACCGCUGACGUCUCACAUAUCGCUGUUGAUAUUGGUGGUUCGCUAGCCAAGCUUGUCUAUUUUACACGUGACGAUGACAGUAUAGGAGGCAGAAUUAAUUUUGCCAUGUUUGAGACCGAGAAAAUCAGUGACUUGAUUGGAUUUAUGUCAAAGUUGAUUUCCGUCAAGCGGCAAUCGAUCUCUGGCUCGUCGUCGGAGACCUCGUCAAUCAAUGGCGACGCCAACCAGGUCGCGGACGCCGCUAGCGAAAAGAAGCAAAUAUACAUCAUGGCUACUGGCGGCGGUGCCUACAAGUUUUACGACAGGCUGCGAAAGGAAUUGGAUGUUGAGAUAUGGCAGGAAGACGAGAUGGAAUGUCUGAUAGUCGGUCUUGACUUCUUUAUAACUGAAAUCCCAUUUGAGGUGUUUACAUACAGCGAGCAAAAUCCCAUGUCAUUCGUCAGUGCCAAACCGGAUAUCUAUCCCUAUCUGUUGGUGAACAUUGGUUCGGGUGUCAGUAUGAUUAUGGUUUCUGGACCACGACAGUUUGUGCGAAUUGGGGGCUCAUCUCUCGGAGGUGGUACCCUUUGGGGUCUUUUGUCACUGCUCACUGGAGCCAAAUCAUUCGAUGAUAUGCUUCUAAUGGCAUCCAAGGGAGACAAUUCAAACGUCGACAUGCUAGUCGGUGAUAUAUACGGCACAGGCUACGAUCGUAUAGGUCUCAAGUCGUCGACCAUCGCCAGCAGCUUCGGCAAGGUGUUCAAGAAGAGACUGCAGUCAACAGACGGUGUCGAGAUCAGCGAUUCUACCGGAAGCAGCAUCAGAAUAGAAGGAGAUCAGGACGAGAUUGAAGAGAAUGGCGAAGAAGAAGGUGCCGAGUUUUCAACACCUGCUCGGUUCAAGGCCGAGGAUAUCAGUCGAAGCCUGCUCUACGCAAUUAGUAACAACAUUGGUCAAAUCGCAUAUCUCCAAGCCCAGAGAUACAAUUUGCAACACAUUUACUUUGGCGGCUCAUUCAUCAGAGGCCAUCCACAAACCAUGAACACCUUAUCCUAUGCCAUCAAUUUUUGGUCAAACGGCGAGAAGAAAGCGUAUUUUCUGCGGCAUGAAGGGUACCUCGGUGCUGUAGGCGCAUUUUUGAAACGUCAACCGACUGGAUGGGGUCGCAAAAACUCCAUGGAGGAUGUUCGAAAGGCCGCCGAACUAUGAGAUAUUUUUGCUUUGAGAUAGAAUGUUUCUGGGUAUCUGAUAGAGGUGUAUUAAUUUUUGUUCUUUUUGUUUUGUUGUUUUCUGCAUAUUCUUAUUACCUCACGUGUAAAGCUAUGUUCUCCUGGGAUUUGUGAUUUGAUAGAGGAUUUUUGCUGUACAUAGCUUUUCGCAAUUAUGAUCUUGUUCAUUAUAGUAGUCUGCAUAUCUGAGUAUAAAUCUGCUGCCCUGCAUCUCUAAUAUUUGUAUCUCAUUCACGCGUCAAGAGUAGCUCGCAGCUCUUCCAUGAACACUUGUACACUAUUAGUCUUAACUGCCUUGUCCACUGCGUUCUU